AUCCUCUUCUUCCACAUCGUCUUCUGAACCGUCACUCCACCUUCCUACAUUCACUCACUCCCGCACACAUUCACAACCCUACUUAUACCCCAAAUUCCGCCACCUUUGCGUUUAUUCCUUUUUGCGGUUCGACAGUGCCAUGUAUAACAAUAAAAACGCUAUGAUUCAAAGAUCAAUAACGACGCGACCUUCCCGAAUGUCAAGCCGAAAUCGUCGUGCGGGCUGAAAGAAGAACGAACCCCGAAUGAAGAUCCGUCCGUAUUCGAGUAGUACAAGCAGGUAUCGAUAUUAGCCCAAUCCAACCGGGUUUACUCAGCAUCGAAGAUGCUCGUUCCGCCGGAUAUGUUGGCCGCACAGUCCAAGAUGGUCUACCAAAUCAACAAGUACUACACGGAGAAAGUCCAAGCAAGGAAACUGCAGAUCAGUAAAACCAUCCAGGAAGUGUGUCGGGUCGUACAGGACGUCCUCAAAGAAGUCGAGGUACAAGAGCCCCGAUUUAUAUCAUCGUUAACUGAUUACAAUGGCCGAUACGACGGACUAGAAGUAGUCUCGCCUCAUGAAUUUGAAGUCGUCCUUUACCUCAAUCAGAUGGGAGUCCUUAAUUUCGUUGAUGAUGGUACUUUGCCAGGAUGUGCCGUACUGAAACUGAGCGAUGGCAGAAAGAGAUCCAUGUCCUUGUGGGUUGAGUUCAUAACCGCGUCUGGAUAUCUGUCGGCCCGAAAAAUGCGUUCCAGGUUUCAAACGCUGGUGGCCCAGGCUUGCGACAAGUGUUCCUACAGGGACUCGGUAAAAAUGAUUGCCGAUACGACGGAGGUAAAAUUACGCAUUCGGGAACGUUUUGUGGUGCAAAUAACUCCGGCUUUUAAGUGCGCGGGACUUUGGCCGCGAUCGGCCGCUCACUGGCCGGUUCCCCAGAUUCCCUGGCCUCAUCCCAAUCACGUGGUCGAAGUGAAAACCGAAGGAUUCGACCUGCUCUCAAAGGAAUGCCUCGCGCUCCAAGGAAAACAGUCUGCGAUGGAGGGCGACGCUUGGAUGCUGUCGUUCUUCGAGGCGGAAAACAGGCUCCUGCAGGGAGGAUGCCGGAAAAGGUGCCUGAGUAUCUUAAAAACGUUACGAGAUCGCCACCUCGAUCUACCCGGCAACCCUGUAUCCGGUUAUCACAUGAAAACGUUGCUACUCUACGAAUGCGAGAAACAUCCGAGAGAAACUGAGUGGGACGAGUCGUGCAUAGCGGACAGGAUAAAUGGCAUUUUCUUGCAGCUCAUAUCGUGCUUGCAAUGCAAAAGGUGCCCUCAUUAUUUUCUGCCCAACGUCGACCUGUUCAAAGGAAAAUCGCCGACGGCUCUCGAGAACGCAGCGAAACAAGUCUGGAGGCUAACUAGAGAGAUGUUGACGAACUCGAGGUGUUUCGAUAAACUCUAAACAUUGUGUCCUGCUGUGCUUUUAAAUACUUGGGUGCAUAAUGUGCAUGUUUUUUGUUGGGUUAAUGAGAAAUGUAAGUCAAUCGUCUUUUUUUCUUUGACUGCUACCACGUAAACGUACUUAUAAAAAUGAAUAAAAUCCUUUUCUAAAACAGUAAUUGUCAUGAAAAUACAUUUCAUUUUCAUAUUUUAGAAAGCUUGGAUGAACGUAGGUAUUUCACACCAUGUGACUAUGAAAAAUGAAUCUCAAACCUGUUUGUUUCUAUUUAUACUUUGAUUUUACAAGCAAUUAAUUUUAACGAAUUCUAAACUUAUGGGAAACAUUGGAUAUUUAUCCAAAUGUUAUGGAUUUCUUGGAUGUAGGCGGGUGUUGAUUUACGUUAGAAAAGAAUUCGAUUCAGUUCUUAUUGUCUACUGUGUGAUAUAAAAAUUGUUAUAUCAAUUGAUCGACCAAAAGGCCGUAAAAGACUGUGAUGAAUAAAAUUGUAUAAAGUGUAUAAUAAAAUUACUAUAAUCGUAAGUCGAUUUUGUAAUAAAUAUUGUCUAAUAAUAAUUACUACGAACGAGGAGUGAUGUUCACGAUAUUUAAAAUACGAAUGUUUUGUAUACAUAUAAUGAUGUUUUCAAUAAAAUAAAGUUUCAGUAA